AUGGAUGUUGAACGGAUUAUUUUCGGAGGAGUAAGAUCAGACCCGAUCAUAUCGGUGCUUUCGAUGCUCUUAAGUCUGUCGCUAUAUGUCAUAUAUUCGAAUGUUUCUUACUCUUCAACGAAUGUUCCUUCCAAAUUACUAUUGCCAUCUUACGAUUUCAUAGUCGUGGGCGGUGGUUCUGCAGGAGCCGUUAUAGCGAAUCGCUUGUCCGAAAUAGAAGAUUGGGACAUACUCCUCCUGGAAGCAGGUGGCGACGGAAGUGCUAUAUAUGAUAUUCCUUCUUUAGCCGACAGUGUGCAGCUCUCCGAAAUCGAUUGGAAAUACAGGGUGGAACCUAGUGAAAAUUUCUGUCGAGCGAUGGAAGACGGUCGUUGCCUUUGGCCACGUGGUAAAGUGCUCGGAGGCACCAGCAUGGUAAACACUAUGCUAUACGUUCGUGGUGCCAAAAAAGACUACGACAUCUGGGAACAACAAGGCAAUCCAGGAUGGUCUUACGAGGAUGUCCUGCCUUAUUUUCUAAAAUCCGAAGACAAUCGAAAUCGCUUCCACACAAACACACAGUAUCACUCGACCGGUGGCUACCUUACCGUCGAAGAACCUCCAUUUCAUACUCCCCUGGCCGCUGCGUUCAUUCAAGCAGGCCAAGAAAUGGGUUACGAAAAUAGAGACAUUAACGGAGAACGACACACUGGGUUCAUGAACCCUCAGGCUACCGUCAGACAUGGAAGCCGAUGCUCCACGGCAAAGGCCUUCCUGCGGCCAGCCAGGUCACGCAAGAAUUUACAAGUCACUAUGAAUGCACAUGUUACCAAAAUUUUAAUAGAACCGUCGUCGAAGAAGGCUCAUGGCGUAGAAUUCGUUAAAGAUGGAGAGACAUUACGCGUUCGUGCCAACAAGGAGGUGAUUGUUUCCGGAGGAGCUAUCAAUAGUCCCCAGUUGUUGAUGUUGUCGGGAAUAGGACCUAAAGAACACUUAACGGAACACAAUAUACCAGUGAUUCAGGAUUUAAGAGUGGGCCAUAAUCUUCAAGACCAUAUAAGUGCGGGGGGCCUUACGUUCUUGGUGAAUGAAGAAAUUGCACUCGUACAGAGUAGGUUGUAUAAUAUUAGCAACGUACUAGAAUACGUCAUAUUCGGAGAGGGUCCUUGGACCAACUUAGGAAAUAUCGAAGGAAUAGCUUUUAUCAAUACUAAAUAUGCGAAUGCUUCCGACGAUUUCCCAGACAUACAACUGCAUUAUUAUUCAUCGGGACAGAACAACGACAUAAUUAGAGAGAUACGUGGAUUGACCAGAGAAUUCUACGACGCCGUGUAUGGAGAGCUUCAGGAUAAGGACGUGUGGAGCGCGUAUCCUACGCUUUUAAGACCGAAAAGCAGAGGUGUUAUCAAACUUCGAAGCAACAAUCCUUUCGAUUAUCCAUUGAUUUAUCCGAAUUAUUUCAAGGAGCCAGAAGACAUGGCUACAUUGGUCGAAGGAGUUAAGUUUGUGCUCGAGAUGAGUAAAACUGCUUCUUUCAAACGUUACGGGAGCGAAAUGAAUCCGAAACCAUUCCCAGGCUGCAAGCAUGUUCCUAUGUAUAGCGAUCCUUACUGGGAAUGCAUGAUCAGAUUUUAUCCCGCGACUAUAUUUCAUCCCGUGGGUACUUGCAAGAUGGGGCCUAAGUCGGAUUCAAAAGCCGUGGUAGAUCCUUGGCUUCAAGUUUACGGAGUUACUGGACUUCGAGUCAUAGAUAGUUCGAUUAUGCCAAAUUUAAUCAGUGGCAAUACCAAUGCGCCGACUAUUAUGAUCGCAGAGAAGGGUUCUGAUAUGGUAAAACAGAAGUGGUUGAAGGAACGGGAUGUAGGUAAACAGUUGUAA